UAACCCUAUGUUAUAUAUGAAAGUUGAGUAAAUCCUAAGAUUUCUCAUCACAUCUUUAAUUUUGUAUCUAUAUGAAAUGAUGGAUGUUCAGUAAAAGAAAAAGAAAGAAUAAAUUUCAAUGUCUUCUGGAAAGUAAAAAAAAAAGAAGUGUUAGACUUGACCUGGCGUGGGGGAGUGGGUAGCUUGGAAGGCUUAACUGAGGGAGGGAUGACUGAGUUAUGUUUGAACCUAAAGGGUGACUCUCAGUGGGAAAGGAGAGGAGGUCCAGAUGCAAAAGCAUGGAGGCAGGGAGAGCAGAGUGGGUUCUUGGAACUAAACACUGUGUAGAAUUUGGCUUCUGAAAGAGACAUAGUAGAGGAGAAAGCAGUAUAACGGAAAUACUGAGCUGGGGCCACACCUUCUUUUCUCACGCAGACUACUAGCUUGUGGAAGUGAAUGAGUCACAGAGGCUGAAGGACCAACUGCCAUUCUUUGAACACACCCAGAGAGGGGCAACGACAGACUAUGGGCAGCAUUGAACAAACGACCGAGAUCCUGUUGUGUCUCUCACCCGCUGAAGUUGCCAGUCUCAAGGAAGGAAUCAAUUUUGUUCGAAAUAAGAGCACUGGCAAGGAUUACAUCUUAUAUAAGAAUAAGAGCCACCUGCGAGCAUGCAAGAAUAUGUGCAAGCACCAAGGAGGCCUGUUCAUAAAAGACAUUGAGGAUUUAGAAGAAAGGUCUGUUAAAUGCACGAAACACAACUGGAAGUUGGAUGUGAGCACCAUGAAGUAUAUCAAUCCUCCAGACAGCUUCUGUCAAGAUGAACUGGUUGUGGAAAAGAAUGAAGAAAAUGGACUUUUGUUUCUAGAACUGAAUCCUCCUAAUCCCUGGGAUUCAGAGCCCAGAUCUCCUGAAGAUUUGGCUUUUGGGGAAGUGCAGAUAACAUACCUUACUCAUGCCUGCAUGUACCUCAAGCUGGGAGACAAGAGGAUGGUGUUUGACCCUUGGUUAAUGGGCCCUGCUUUUGCCCGAGGAUGGUGGUUACUACAUGAGCCUCCAUCUGAUUGGCUGGAGAGGCUGUGCCAGGCGGACCUAAUUUACAUCAGUCACAUGCACUCAGACCACCUGAGUUACCCCACACUGAAGAAGGUUGCUGGGAGAAGACCAGAUAUUCCCAUUUAUGUUGGAAACACGGAAAGACCUGUCUUUUGGAAUCUGCUUCAGAGUGGUGUCCAGUUGACUAAUAUCAACGUACUGCCAUUUGGAAUAUGGCAGCAGGUGGACAAAAAUCUUCGAUUCAUGAUCUUGAUGGAUGGCGUUCACCCUGAGAUGGACACCUGCAUUAUUGUGGAAUACAAAGGUCAUAAAAUACUCAAUACAGUGGAUUGCACCAGACCCAAUGGGGGAAGGCUACCUAUGAAGGUUGAUCUCAUGAUGAGUGAUUUCGCAGGAGGAGCAUCAGGCUUUCCGAUGACUUUCAGUGGUGGAAAAUUUACUGAGGAAUGGAAAGCCCAAUUCAUUAAAACUGAAAGGAAGAAACUCCUGAACUACAAGGCUCGGCUGGUGAAGGACCUACAACCCCGUAUUUAUUGCCCCUUUGCUGGAUAUUUUGUGGAAUCCCAUCCAUCAGACAAGUAUAUUAAGGAAACAAACACUAAAAAUGACCCAAAUGAACUCAACAAUCUUAUCAAGAAGAAUUCUGACGUAUUAACAUGGACCCCACGACCUGGAGCCACUCUUGAUCUGGGUAGGAUGCUGAAGGACCCAACAGACAGCAAAGGCAUCAUAGAGCCUCCAGAGGGGACUAAAAUUUACAAGGAUUCCUGGGACUUUGGACCAUAUUUGAAAAUCUUGAAUGCUGCUGUAGGAGAUGAAAUAUUUCAUCACUCAUCCUGGAUAAAAGAAUACUUCACUUGGGCUGGAUUUAAGAAUUAUAACCUGGUGGUCAGGAUGAUUGAGACAGAUGAGGACUUCAGCCCUUUUCCUGGAGGAUAUGACUAUUUGGUUGACUUUCUAGAUUUAUCCUUUCCAAAAGAAAGACCAAGCCGGGAACAUCCGUAUGAGGAAAUUCGGAGUCGGGUUGAUGUCAUCAGAUACGUGGUGAAGAAUGGUCUGCUCUGGGAUGACUUGUAUAUAGGGUUCCAAACCCGGCUUCAGCGGGAUCCUGACGUAUACCAUCAUCUGUUUUGGAACCAUUUUCAAAUAAAACUCCCCCUAACACCACCCGACUGGAAGUCCUUCCUGGUGUACUGUGGGCAGAAAGGACCUGAGAUUUCCCAGGGACACCAAGCAACAUGAAAAAUUCAAGUAUUUACUGAUGCUACAUCUUGAACACAGAAGCUUAUACCAAAGAGUCUAUGCCUUAUUACAUCAGCAAUGGAUAAUUACACGUUGUAUUUGUGAAAUGUUCACAUAUCUUAAAUUUCUUGGACCAUCACAUAGCCAGAUUAUUAAUAUUUUACUUGUUCCAUCCAUAAUUUUCUAUAAAAGAAUCAAUGAAUGCAAUAGGAACAAAUUCUCUAUGAAAGAUAACAGGAGACGUAAAUCCAAGCACAUAAGGAAUAGAAUAAGAGGAGAAGAGGUGUCCUAGAAGACAAUGAAGGAAAAGGAAGGGGAUGAGGGAGCAGAAGUUAGGUUAGAAGAAGAGAAGAAAGAAGAGAAAUAGAUAAAUUAGGGGCUAUAAGAAGAAAAUAGAGAAGAGAAAAAUGAAGAUGGAACUUAAAAAGCAGAAUGUAAAAAUAGACAUUUUGUUCCUUAAUAGAUUGAUUCCCCAAAACAGAGUCCAUGAAUAUAAUUAAGUAAGAAGGGUUCCUGAGCUGUUUCCAAUUUUUCAGAAAGCUUUGUUGAAAUCAUAUAUUUACCAAAACAAGGCUGCAGAGGCUACCCUAAAGUGUAACAUUUCAUUGGGACUGAAAUUAUUUUGAUUCAGUGACAAAAUCUGUUAUUUAAUGUAGAUCAUAAAUUCUAACAAAUAGCAGUAUCUUGGAAGAAAAAAUGUGAACACUAGCUAGUGAUAAAUGAGUUUUAUAGGCAAAAAUCUUUCAAAAUCGAUAGAAUAAUCAAUAAUGAAGAUCCAUAUCUUGAAAAAAUUAGAAAAUCCUCUUCUGAACAUUUGAAAACACUUAGCAAUGGUUAAAACAGGCAACUAAUUUAUCUGUUUCUGCUGUCUGUAGUUUUUGAUGAUAUUCCCAUGAUUAUCACAUUAUCCCUAGGAAUAUAUGAUUGUUAACUACGUUUCUAUUUUACACGUUGUUGCUUACAGUAACACAAACCCCUCAUUUAUCUGAACAUCAAAAUUGAUUUUGUGCUCAUGUAUACUACCUCUUUAAUUCUGAAGAUAAAGAAUCCAGUGGUGGAAUUUAUUUCCUUAAAUCUCUUGAUUAUCUGCUUCUCAUAACAAUGAACACCAAUGAUGUUUGUUGGCUCUGGUUCACUUUACACAUGAUGCAUAUAUUUUGUGACUUACACUAUAUAGUAAAUUAUUCUGUUAU